AUGUUUCGAAGAGUCUUGACGACAUCUGCUCGGUCGACGGGCAGAGCGCUAUCGGCCAGACCCGCCACCCGACUCACAGCUCCUCGAGUCACAUCUCCCAUCGCGGUCGCAGGCCGACGACAGUAUCACGAGAAGGUUCUCGAUCACUAUUCUCGCCCACGUAAUGUUGGAAGCAUGCCCAAGGCGGACACCGAUGUGGGAACUGGUCUCGUUGGCGCACCGGCGUGCGGAGAUGUGAUGAAGCUUCAGAUCAGAGUCGACCCAACCAACAACACCAUCUCGGAUGUUAAGUUCAAGACUUUCGGUUGUGGUUCGGCGAUUGCCUCCUCAUCAUACUUGACUGAGCUGGUACGAGGGAUGACUCUGGAGGAAGCUGGUCGGGUACGGAAUACGGAGAUCGCAAAGGAGCUCUGCUUACCCCCUGUCAAACUACAUUGUUCCAUGCUUGCUGAAGAUGCCAUCAAAUCCGCCAUUACAAACUACUACUCGAAGAACCCGAAUGCUCGCUCAACAGACUUGGGAGGCACUGGCUCCAGUAUGCCCAAGAUUGAUGUUGAGACAGUGAUGGAGCCUGCAGCAUCUCAGACUGCUACCGCGUAA